CAGAGGACCGCCCGCCGGCGCGCGCCCGGCUGUUCGGUACCUCGCCGCGUUCUCGGCCGCUUCCCUCUUCUCUCCCCCGCCCCCCGGCCUCCGCACCGACGCGGCGGUGGUUGGAGGCUUAGACGGAGCCCAUUCACGCCGGAGCCGGGCCCGGAGCCGCAAAGACGAGGAAACAUGGAGGCCUGAGCCGUGGUGCGCCACCCGUGCUGCGGCGGGACCGCGCUUCUCUGACGCCCUCUUGCCACCCGCCCUCCGUCGGUCCGUGGGUUUGGAAGCGGAGCUCCUGCAGACUGAGACAGAUCAAACCCAGGGCGAGCACUCUACCGCUGAGCCACAACCCCAGCACGAUCAAUUGUGUUUUAAUUGAAGGGUGAAAAGGAAAGUGCACUACCGCCCCAGCCCUUGCUUUGGAGUUUUUAUCUUGGCUAAUCCUCGUGGCAACUCAGAGAUAGUCUAAGUUAUACUGUGGAAAUGCAGGUGUAAAUUAUCUUACCACUUUAGAAGAUGGGAUCAAACAGCAGCAGGAUCAGUGAUCUUCCUAAAAAUGAGUACUUAAAAAAGUUAUCAGGCACAGAAUCUGUCUCUGAGAAUGACCCAUUCUGGAAUCAGCUUCUCUCCUUUUCUUUCCCUGCACCAWCUAGCAGUUCUGAGUUGAAGCUCUUGGAGGAGGCAACCAUUUCAGUCUGCAAGGCUUUAGUUGAAAACAAUCCUCGAACAGGAAAUCUUGGUGCACUAAUUAAGGUCUUCCUUUCUAGAACCAAAGAACUCAAACUUUCAGCAGAAUGUCAGAAUCACAUCUUCAUUUGGCAGACACAUAACGCUUUGUUUAUUAUUUGUUGUUUGCUGAAAGUGUUCAUCUGUGAAAUGUCAGAUGAGGAGUUACAACUUCAUUUUACUUAUGAAGAAAAGUCUCCUGGUAGUUUUGGUUCUGACUCAGAAGAUCUUUUGGAAGAAUUGCUCUGCUGUUUGAUGCAGUUAAUCACUGAUAUUCCACUCUUAGAUAUUACAUAUGAAAUAUCAGUGGAAGCUAUAUCAACAAUGGUUGUUUUCCUUUCCUGCCAACUCUUCCACAAAGAAAUUUUGCGACAGAGCAUUAGUCACAAGUAUUUGAUGCAAGGUCCAUGUCUUCCAUACACCAGCAAACUUGUGAAAACUUUAUUAUAUAACUUCAUAAGACAAGAAAAGCCUCCUCCUCCAGGAGCCCAUAUUUACCCCCAGCAGUCAGAUGGAGGAGGACUGCUUUAUGGACUGGCAUCAGGAGUAGCAACUGGACUCUGGACUGUGUUCACACUAGGAGGUGUGGGCAGCAAAGCGGCUGCCUCUCCAGAGCUUUCUUCCCCUCUGGCCAACCAGAGUCUCCUGCUUCUGCUGGUGCUGGCUAACCUGACAGAUGCUCCAGAUGCACCCAAUCCCUACAGACAGGCCAUUAUGUCCUUUAAGAACACACAAGAUAGCAGCCCUUUCCCCUCAUCAAUUCCACAUGCCUUCCAGAUUAACUUUAACAGUUUGUACACAGCCCUAUGUGAACAGCAAACAUCUGAUCAAGCAACGCUCCUCUUGUACACACUGCUCCAUCAGAAUAGUAAUGUCAGAACAUACAUGCUGGCUCGCACAGAUAUGGAAAAUCUUGUUUUACCAAUUCUUGAGAUUCUGUAUCAUGUUGAAGAAAGAAAUUCACACCAUGUAUAUAUGGCCCUUAUAAUAUUAUUGAUCCUUACAGAAGAUGAUGGCUUCAAUAGGUCCAUUCACGAAGUGAUAUUAAAAAAUAUUACUUGGUAUUCAGAACGGGUUUUAACUGAAAUUUCACUGGGGAGUCUCCUGAUUCUGGUUGUAAUAAGAACCAUUCAGUACAAUAUGACAAGGACAAGAGACAAGUACCUUCACACAAAUUGUUUGGCAGCGCUAGCAAAUAUGUCAGCACAGUUUCGCUCCCUCCAUCAGUAUGCUGCACAGAGGAUCAUCAGUUUGUUUUCUUUGCUGUCUAAAAAACAUAACAAAGUUCUGGAACAAGCCACACAGUCCUUGAGAGGUUCACUGAGUUCCGAUGAUGUUCCUCUGCCAGAUUAUGCACAGGACCUUAAUGUCAUUGAAGAAGUGAUUCGAAUGAUGUUGGAGAUCAUCAAUUCCUGCCUGACAAAUUCUCUCCACCACAACCCAAACUUGGUGUAUGCACUGCUUUACAAACGCGAUCUCUUUGAACAGUUUCGAACUCAUCCUUCAUUUCAGGAUAUAAUGCAAAAUAUUGAUCUGGUAAUCACCUUCUUUAGCUCAAGGUUGCUACAAGCUGGAGCUGAGCUUUCCGUGGAGAGGGUCUUGGAGAUCAUUAAGCAAGGAGUUGUUGCACUGCCCAAAGACAGACUAAAGAAAUUUCCAGAAUUGAAAUUCAAAUACGUGGAAGAGGAGCAGCCCGAGGAGUUUUUCAUCCCCUACGUGUGGUCUCUGGUCUACAACUCAGCAGUGGGCCUGUACUGGAACCCACAGGACGUCCAGCUGUUCACAAUGGAUUCUGACUGAGGCAGGACGCACCUCCCACCACCCCAGCCAAACAGCCCUGCUAGUUAUUUUAUUUCUGGGGAACAGAGGCAGACAGAAUGCCCAGUGUGUCUUCUAUCAGAGAGGAUCACGAACGUGUUUCCCUCGCACACUUAGAUUUGGAGAAUUGAUGCCAGUUGGCAAUAGAUCAUUCAGCUUAGAUUGUAGUGCAAGGGGUUGGGGGCACACAACAAUAAUAAACAUGAAAACCUGCUAGUCAACAUGCAGUUUUAUUUCUAAACCAAAAAUCUAGAGCUUCCCAGGAUCCUGAUGCCCUAGGCACAUAAUAAACACAGCAGUACACACUAUUUUUUUUUUUGUUGUUGUUGUUAGCACAUUUAAGACUUUGUUUUGGCCAUGUAGGCACACAUGCCUGUGUGUGUGUGUGUGUGUGUGUGUGUGCGCGCGCGCGCGCGCUCGCAUGUGCACACCUCUCAGCAGUCCACAGUGUCCUAAACACUGGCCUGGGCAGUGCAGCACUAGCCUUUCAAGGCUCUUUGUCUUUCCCUCAAAGAAAGAAAAAGGCUCCUUUGGGGAGAGUUGGCCUCUGAACUACAGCUGGAGUUCAACUAGAGCGUCACACAGGUUAAGUGAAUCUGCUCUGUAUUCAUCACCGGGAAAAGAAAAGCUUAAUUUUGAAAGCAGUUGUUUUCCUUCAACCAGGCUAGUCAAAGCAAAAGGAGACUCAUUUAUUAAUGCUAUAAUCCAGGCGAAAAUGAAAAACAUGAUUUUCUCUUUGUUUCUAAUACUUUAAAAAUGCUUUGGGGCCAUGAAAACUGUGGGUUUGGCCCCUGAGCUAGAGGAAGGGGCUUCUCUGAGGAACAUGCCACUGAGCUGUGUUGAGCAGAAUCGUGGUAUGAGGACCAUAGGACUGUCCUUUCAAGCCACACACUGUCCCUGGCCAGUCCCUGCCCAGUAGAGACAAGGAGCCUAGUUUCACUGUCAGGAAUGUGAAAAAGCAUCUGCAGGUUUCCUAAUGGGAAGCGCAUGACCCAGAUGAGGCUGGGCAGCUGCUUCAGCCGGCAGUCACCMCUGCAGUUCUUCAGGACCAGUGUCUCUGCCUGUCUCCGCACCCCUGGGACUGGGAAUCUAGUCAUUUUGGUCUGUCACAUCCUCCGACACCAUACCUGAUGUAAAGGUUAAAACCAUGCCAGCACUUCAGUGUACCUCUGUGUGAUUUCCACCUGUGAAAAGCCAGGGCCGGGCCGUCUUUAUUGGCUUUUGGCUUAGGAGCGUUCCCUUACCCUCAUUUGGACAGGGUGAAGUGGAAGCCCCUGAGGCCAGAUGACGAAGGGUCUGGAGAGGUGGGCACAGGAAGCAAAUGCAUCCCAGGGGCUGGCUCCUGGCCCUCCCAGAGAUCCUCGCAGGGACUCAGCUGCUUCACGUGACUGGGCCCGCCUCCCUCUCAGCACUUGUGUUGUCAGGCCCCUCUGUCCCCAAAAAUGGCCAUGGACUCCCAUCCUGUGGUCUGUGUGGGAUCUCUGGCUGGUGCUGUGGCUCACACCUUCUCCUCAGUCCAGCUUUGGGGUGCAGGUGACCUGAAGGUGGAAUGACUUGGUUGUCAUUUGAGGUAGCAUUAUGCCUAUUUCCUAUGUGGGAAAUGACUUACAGCUUUAAUUUGUUUCCAAUUCUAAUUUGCUUUCUUUUCCUUUGAACAAACAGCAUCAAAAAAUAAAAAGGUUUUUAAGUGUUA